CAAAUAAAGGUGGAAAAUGGCUGCUGCUUACCUCCCAAUAAAGGAGAAAAUAUGGAAUGAAUUGGAAGAGGAAUUAGAGCUAAAAGAGAGUACCUGUGGUGAUCCACAAGGCUAUGUUGAAUCCUUUCUUAAAAGAUACGCUGACGAUGAAUCGACUAUGAUAUACCAAUCAGUUGUAAUGGAGCCAGCAAGGAAACCUGCAAAACUUAGUAAAGGGAGUUCGGGUAAAAUCAAACCACUUACCUCAAGAGAAAAGAAACAAUUAGGACUAAAGACACUAGAGCAGAAAUAUUCUUUAUACAAGCCAUUGAAUGAACUGUGGAAAAGUUACAUGCUGGACUUGUUAAAACCACAUCCUAAAAGUAACUGCAAGCAACUGUCUCUUAAGGUCCUCAAGGCUGACUAUCAUGGAUGUUAUUUGAAAGUGGUAGGAUCAAGAUGUCAGGGUCAUAUUGGAAUUGAAGGCAUUGUAAUACAAGAAACACAGAACACAUUCAAACUAAUUAAUGACAAAGACAAGAUGCCAACAAUUCCAAAGGCGCACAGUGUGUUCCAGUUCAAAGUAAAGGAUCAUCAGUUCACCUUAUAUGGUAAUCAGCUCAGAUAUAGGGCUAGUGAUAGAUCAUCAAAAAAGUACAAAGACAAGUUUUUUCAUGAACUAUUUUAGUCAAAAUAAACCAAUACAGUUAUUAUUAUUAUAAGCACAAAAUAAUGGAAACACAAACAAAGAAAAAAAA